AUGGAGGGUGGUUCAGUUGGUGCUGCUGCUGCCUCAGUUGGGUACCCAUGGAUUGACUACAGCAUUGGCGUUGAUGAUGGUAGAGUGAUGUCCGAAGGCGGCGUAUACUCCUUGGGUCAGCCUGGAAAUCUAUCUUUCGACAUAGCUGCGGCAUCAAAUCGAAGCCUCAAGGGACUUCUCGAUUUCACGGAAAAUACGAAGGCUAGGGCUUCUGAGUCUUCUUCCAUGAGGGUAAUCGUACCAGAAGACUUUUCAUCACCCAAAAAGUCUCAGAAAACAGCCAUAGCGACUUUCGUAUCAAUUCUGCAGGGUCUCCUGGACGCGAAAGCCGAGUACGUCAAUGUGGGCAAGAAUUGGGAAGAAAGUCCUCCAUCUGAAGCGUCGAAUGAGGGAAUGCAAGCAUACAUGGAAAAGGCACCUUUCCGGUCAUGGUGUUAUGAUUACUACCAUUCCUUUGACACUUUUCGAGAUGAGUACAAGCAAAAGUUUGACAAGAAGCCAUUUAUCGAGGCUACGCCGCAAUUCUUCUGGAACGAAUGCAAGUCGGUAACAGAAGAGGAGAACCGCCAAGAUACAGAACGUCUCGAUGUAUACCGGAAGUGGUUCCUUGAGAACAUAGUGCAUACUUCUACCCCCAAUGCCAAGGAAGACACAGCCGUGAUCCUUCCAUGUGGAAAUGAUCAAGUUGAACAUCGGAACGAUCCUGUGGCCCCACCAACCAUGUACAAAGGCAUCGACUCUACAACACUGGCACUGGUAUUGGGGGCUUCCCUAUUAUCAUUUCCAUUCACUCAGAUACCCUACGAGUCUGACAUUUCUGGGCAGACAGAGUACCAGCCAGUCUGCAUCUCGGUUCUCAUCCACGGAAAUGACAAAUCGGCCAUUCAAUUGAUCAAAAAGGCUCUAGAGGCAGGGCAUAUUCCCACCAAGGUUAAUGUCGGGCGGUUCACGUUCCCAGUCAAGAAGUCGGAUCAUGUCAACAAUCGCCUCCAAGCUCCCUUGUCGGGUCAGAAUGUGUCGGACGAGCUGUAA